AUGGCUGCAGCAACAGCAGACACUAUGUCAAAAGACUUUGUUUCAAAACUAAAUGUUUCAAGUCAAACCGAUCAUUUAGAUCGUGUGAAACAAAUUCUACAAGCUAAUCGACAAACAAAACGGACAAUACAAGAUUUAACAAAUGAUUUUAUGAAUGUACAAUUAGAUUUAAUGAAUGAAUUACAACACGUACCACAAACCGGUUUAGAAGAGAACAACAACGGCUUAGCAUCAUCAGCCGAUGCAAUUGCUUCAUCUGAUUUCGAAUUUCUCGAAAAUUCUUUAGCUUUUGAUAAUGUACAAUUGGCUGUUUGUGGUCCAAAUUCAAGUGGGAAAACGUCGUUUUUACAAAUAUUCCUUAAAAUCGGCGAUAUUUUACCUACAAAGGUCGGGCCAGUUAGUGCUCGUAUAGUCAAAUUAACAUACGCACCGGCGGAAGGUGCUUGUCUCCUUGUCUAUCAAACGAUAAAAGCUGGGCUAUCAUCAGAAGAACAAGCAAAGGAACAUAUCAGUUUAGCUGAUUUUUUCCAACGACAGCAAAAAGUUGAUUGGACAGGAGUGAGAAAGGCCAUAAAUAAACAUGUUGCUAGACCAGCGGAUCUCACCGAGGAACAAUUCUCUGAUUGGGUUCGAAAUUUCGUUGAAAUACGUAUUCCGUCGCCUACUCUAGAACUCGGUAUUGAUGCAUAUGAUACACCCGGUUUUUUAUUUUACGAUAAACCGACUGUAAAAGAAAACUUACAUGAGCUUGUAAAACUUGUCCGACCAACAUUAAUAUUCAUGUAUGAAAACAGUGCAGUAGCUGGUGAUGCACAUGAAUGUUUUCUAGCACUGAAAACUGCAUUAGGCAAUCUCGAACAUCCGCAUAUAUUUUUCUUGAACACGAAACAAGAUAUUAUGACGUUGUUCAGUGAUGCCGGGAUCAGCGCCACACAGCAAGAUUUAUUUAAUCCGACGAAAUUCAGUGAAAUUCUACCGAGAGAACGAGAAAAACGUUUUCGACUGUUAUUAAACGUUCCCGCGAUGACAAAUGAAUUACAUAGUGCCACGUCGGCUAAAGAAUGUGACUGCUUUGAUAUUUGUAGUAAGGCGAUGCCCGGUUCUGUUUUGCCAGCAUGUGCUACUGAAAUGACAGAGCGGACAAUACAACGUAUUAUUCAGUUUGUUGUUAAAACGAAUUUAGAAGAAUCAUAUCAUAUGGCGGAUUCACUUUUGAAUAUGAUUGACAGUUUUUUCGAGUUUUCCCUGACGACUAGUCGUCGAGAUCCAAGUCAGUGGGCUAAAAUUCGUCAUGAUGCUAAAAUGUGGGGCGAAACAUUCUUUGAAAAAUUUGCAGAACAAUUAGCCGCUCUGAUAGCUAGCGCAUAUACAAAUAUUCUUCAACAUUUCGACGAACGUUCAGCACAGAUUUCGAAACGUGCAGCUAAACUAGAUCGUUUGGAUGAUCCAUUGGAAAGUAGAACACCACAGAUAACAAAACGCGGUGUAAAAGAAUUUAUUAAAAUAGCUGUUCAAGAAGAAGUGAUUAAAGUCGCAGUGAAUCAGAUUAUCAAUAAAACAAAAGAAACGCUGCGCCAAUCGAUAACAUGUGAGCUUGCUAGUAAUGUUAAUAAAAACGAGCUGCUGAUAUCAGCACAACGUCGAGUGUUGGUCGAUAUUUCAGCUACUGAAUUAGAACAACGCAGGUGGUUUGAACGGCUAAUUUUUAACCUCACAGUAUUACCAAUGAAAGUAUCCCGUUUAGUUAAAGGUCUGCGAAUAAAAUGGGAUGUUGACUUUUGGAAUAAGAGAAAAGUACAAGAGUUUGACGACCAAGAAAAUUAUUAUGCAUAUAGUGAUGCAUUAGAUACGUAUGCAAACUUGAUUGAUCCGACGAAACGAAAGGACUUUGCAGAUACAUAUAUGACGAAAAUGCGAAUAAAAUUAACGGAACAAGAGAAAUUAUUUGAACGUAAUUUAAAAGAAUGGAUGGAAACCAAAAAGAAAAUUUUCUUUCAAAAAAUUGAAUCAGAUUAUCAACUGGCUAUAAAACGACUGUCGGCUAGGAAAACUGCAUAUGAAAUAGCUAAUCUGUAUGCUGGCCAAUUCGCUCGUAUUGAAUGUAAAUUAAUUGCUGCUAAAGACUUAGCUCAAUUUAAUGGUCAAAUACCAAUAAUUGACAGUUCUAAAUCAUUGGGAGAAGGUACAUUUUUCACUGUUCAUGCAGCUGAAUGGGAUGAUAAGAAAGACUUGGUGGUCAAAAAGCUGAAACGUCCCUCGAUUGAAUAUCCUUAUUUACAAUAUUUAGAAGCGCAUUAUCAUCGUAAAAUAACAAAAUUAGAUAUACCACAUGUUGCUCCGCUGCUGUUUUUGUACGACCAUCCAUGGAGUGAUGAUAUUUUUGCGGGUGCUGGUAAUUUCAACAGUGAUUUAUGGAUAUUUUUACCGAAAUAUAAACAAAGUCUCACUGAUUAUUUAGAGAAGAAUAUCCGUACGAUAACAUCAGAUACAAUAAUUAAAAUUGCUUUGGACAUUGCAAAUGUUCUUGUUGAACUGCAUUCGAAUGAAAUUGUUCAUCGAGAUGUUAAAAGUAAGAAUAUUCUUAUGGAUAACAAUGAAAAAUGUUAUUUAGCUGAUUUUGGUACAUGUAAAGAAAGUACAACGAAUUAUACGAUCCUGGGUACACUGCCAAUUGCACCGGAACUUCUUUUCUCUAUUCGUCAUGAACCAUCGAUUACAUACGAUGGCACAGCUGUUGAUAUCUAUUCAUUUGGCAUCCUACUCUAUGAAUUGCUACCCAAACUGAGUUAUCACCGCCCACAUACCGAUAAAACCGAUUUAAAUGUCCAUGAACUAUUAAAAUCCGUUCAACCACUUGAUAUGAAUAAUAACAAUGAAUAUGAACUAUUAAUUAAAUCAUGCUUGAAAAAUACAGCCAAACAGCGGCCAACCGCUCUUGCCGUCGUAAAAAAGUUAGAAGAAAUAAAGAAAACUUUUGAACAAAAAUCAUGUACUAUCUGUGAAAAUCGCAUAAGAAAAUGUCGUUUUUACCCAUGUGGACAUAAACUUCUGUGUGAAGAUUGUUACAAUCAAUUACAAAACAACGAAGAAGGGAAAAUCGAGUGUAUUUUAUGUAGACGGUCGGUUGAUCGAUGGAAUGAAGACGAUGAAAAUCAGACAUUUUAUUUGAGAGCAUAA